CCCAUAAAAUAUAUAACAAAUGAAGUUGGCGUACUUGCAAGCGGCGCCAAAUUGGCGACAUUUGAAUGCGACUGAGCUCGAGGAUUUGUUGCAGCAUCCCGUGGUGUCAAGUGCAGAAGUUAAAACACAGCAUCAUGAAUUCUAAUUAAGGAUAAGAACACCCCAGAAAACCCCCAGAAACAAAGACAAGCGAAGUGCAGUAAAGUGAAGAAACAAAAAUAUAUAAAAAAUCUGAACUAAAUAGAUAUUUAUAAAAACAAAUGAAUACAUAAUUUAAAAAAGAUAUUAGUUUAAAUAGCGGGUACUUGAACUACAUCCGGUUUGGUUUUGUUCUAAUCGCAUGCACUACAUGUACCAAACGAACAAACCAUAAAAUCUCCCAGGGAGUAUGUAAAUAAAUAAAAAAAAUAUACAAAAAAAAACAGAAGUGAAGGAUAUUUAAAUAAUAAAAAAAAAAAUUAUAAAAUACAUAAGAAACAGUAAACAAAAAAUAUUUGAAUAAAGGAAACCACCAAAAUGCCAGCUGGACGUGUUGCGGGUAAAGCGAGCUAUUCCAACCAUUAUUACAAUGGUCGGUCAUAUGUGGGCAUCAAUGAGGAGAUCAUGUGGGUAUCCAUCGGCAUGGGAGUGACCAUUGCCAUACUGAUAACCAUAGCGUUGUGCUAUAUAGCGCGAGAAAAGUGUCAAAAACGUCAGCGUGAGUAUUAUGUGACAGCAUAGCUGAUGUCAAAAAUGGAAA